CAGACUUUAGGCCAAGGUUGGGUCUGAAGAUAGUUUUGGCAUUGCAAGAAUUGUCGAUGAUGCCAUGGCAUCAGAUGAAGGGCAAUGCUUCACUGCUGUCAUCAGCAGAGCAACGUCAGCGAACCUUGGAGUAGACGUCACCUACCGAUCCUGGACUGGGGAUGGAGUUUUCAUCACCAAGGUCUUUGAGGAUGGCCUCGUGGCCGAUUGGAAUGCCAAGAACGAGCCCUUCAAGCAUAUUUGUGCGGGUGACUUCAUUUUCCAGGUGAACAACGUUUCUGGUGAUACAGUAGCUAUGAUCAAGGAGCUAAAAUUCAAGACCCAACUCACCAUCCACGUGAGGAAAAGGUGUGGACAAGAGAUUCCUCCGCUGGUGCCCCCGCCCAAGGCCCCAGAAGCGGUCCCAAGGCCUGAGACGCAAGCCAGAUCAAAUCCGAAUCUUGAGGCGAUCCUAUCUGAGCUCCGCUCCAUUGGUGAUGAGGAGUUGGCCGGGCUUAUUUGCGUGGCCAUGGAACGCCGUCCAUGGCUCCGCCCUGCUGUCCUUGGAGUUGAGAAUGGCGACUCAUAGAUGAUCGGUGAUCCGUUUGGAGAAAAA